AUGGCAGAAGAGGGAGACGACGGCGACACGCGUGGCGGUCCUUCGAUUAUUUCACUCGGACAAACACACCUCAAUCCAGCUUCAUUUUUCACACUUUUCCUCUUUUUCGCUAGCACGACGACGACAAUCACUACAGAACCUCUACUACAGCUUAUACUCUCAUGGCCACCCCCACCCUCACCCAGUCCUAUCCCGAAUGCCAACGUUGCGAGUGGUUUCAUAGAAAACUUGCAUAAGAAAGUUGAAGCUGAACGCAUCGACAUUUGUCCAGGUUAUCGUGUUCUACGCUUCCAGUAUUAUCUCUUCUCGCACCUAGGUUACCCCAAUCUGACCAGGAACUACAGCGCCAUUUAUCGAUGGAAGGUUUCCGCAAACAUGAUUCUGUGGGGGAAGAGAAAAGCGCUCGGAGUUUACCAGCAAAGUGGCGGUGGCAGACGAGCUUACCCUCGAGGCUUUCGGCUUUUUACUGCGUGGCUCAUGCUCCUCCUUGUACAUCCAACAUUCACCCCUUCAUUUCAACAUGUUCCGAUGUCUUCCACGCUGUCAUUUAGGAUUGGGCCUGCAUCGAAAUCAUAUGCCAACGCUAUUGCGGAAAAGUCGGGAUUUGUUAUCACCUUCCUUGUCAUUUUCGCUGUUCCUGGUCCCUCACCAUCAACGAUCAAAACAUUCUCGAUUGCACUGUAA